AUCCGGGCAUGCGUAGUAGUUAAAGCGUUUUCUAAACCUAUCUUUUUGGCAGAUUUUGAAUCACUUUGUUUUUCAAUAUUUGCGUUUUUUUGCUUUAAGAUUCUAAUCGUGAGAAGUUCAGUUACACAGUAGCAGGUCAGUUUGCAAAUAUAACGAAUUCAGCAUAAUGCAAGCCACAUCUGAUGUCUCGGAUAUCACAUCCUCAAUAGAACUAUCAUUGCCUCAAGAGACCUCGAAUAAUAGUGAAACUGAGACAGAAAUAGCGGGAGUAGGACGAAUAGGAGAAUCUGCUGUAGCAUCUUCUUCAAUAGAUGAAGUUGAUGAAGUGAAAUGCCCAGUCACUGGUGUGUCUCACUUGAAUAAUGACACAGUAACAUCUUUAGUUCCUCCUGAAAGAGAAAUGGUACCUCCAGAUACUUGUAAGAGUAAGUCAACUAAGUUUUUUUAGUGUAAGUCUUUAAGUAAAGUUACAGUAGAGUAGAGUAAGUAGCUACCAGUAACUAGGUACUUUGAUAAAAAGAUUAAAACUUUUUGUAAAAAUAAACCAAUGGCAUAGUUGAAUAGAGCUAAUUUUUUUAAAGAAUUAUAACAUCAAAAUCAUUUGUUGUAGUUUUAAAGUUGUGAAUUUUUAAAGUGCGACUUCAUUUGUCCUUUUUUAUCAUAGACUGCAUCUCCACAUUCUGUGACCCAAUUCCGCUGUUUGCGUCAUGAGCUAUAUAACUCUUGUUUUAAUGAUAAUUUUAUUUUCAGAACUAAUGCUGUAUUAAAAAAUAAUUUUAAUAAUGUUAACAAAUAUAAUAUACAUAUAGCCAUUAUGCAAGUCACUGAAUGGCCGCCAUGACAUUUUGCACACAGCAAAUUAUGAUCAUUUUUAAUAUGGACUCUGCCGGGUUUUUUAAACCUCAAAUUAAAAUAGUAUUCUUUCAAUAACAUUUAAGUUCAUUCUAAAACAUAAGUUAUCAAAUAUUUUGAUGUAAAUAGUGGAAAUAAUUAAAUAUUUCCUAAGUAACGGCGUUUUCCGCCAAUGAAAGGGGUGUGGGCAGUCUAGGGUGGCCCAAAAAACUCAACUUUCACCUACAGAGCAAGACACCCUCUAAUUUUUUCCUUAUAGCAAACCUUUAAUUAGGGCAGAGUUUCAGCCUCUUGUGCCAACUGCAAGGUGAUGCUCAACGACCAUGGAUUUUCAAAAUUUCAUCGAAAAUUGCCGAACUUUCAUGCAAUUUACAUUUUGCAUAUUACUUACUGUAUCAUGUUCUUUGUGUUAUAUUUUACUUACUUAGGGUUGGCUGUUGAACUAUUCUAUGUCAUAAGUUCCUGUUUAGUGUUACUGUCACAGAGCUAAAUUGAGUUAAGGGAGUUAAGUGAGGUGAGAAUUAUGACUUAUAAUUUAUAGAGUAUGGAACUUGGUAAGACGAACCAAUCAGAAAAAAGAAUGGAAGAAGAGUACAAUGGAAGAUGGAAUCAUGGCGGUUGUUUUAAGUCCAUGCUAUUAAUAUAUUAAUUAUGUGAGGAUGAGUACAUACCGACCAAAAUUAGCAAAUCAGGUAAACAGCAAGACAAGAUAACUCAAGUAAAGAAAACCUCUCUCAAUCCAAUUGUAAAAAGUGCCUUUGACCAUAAUAAAACAUCUAAUCGUGAAGCUUUUCGGCUACUUAUUCCUAUUGCUGCAGCCCUUGGUCAAGAUCCAAAUGCAUUUCCUAUUUCACGUAGCACUAUUCAGCGAGCGCGGUCAAGUGCUAGGCAUGAAAUUUCUAAAGCAAUGAAAGAUAAUGUUGAGCCAACUUGCCCAUUAGUAAUCCAUUAGGAUGGAAAGAUACUUCCAGCAAUAUUUGGAGAAGGCUCAGUUGACAGGCUACCAGUUUUACUUUCAGGUGAUGGGAUGGACAAACUGUUAGGUGUGCCAAAGGUGAGCUCUGGAACUGAUGAGAAUGAAGCAAAUGCUGUUCACAAAUUGUUGGUGGAGUGGCAGCUGGUUGAGAAGGUUCAGGCUAUGUGCUUUGACACAACCUCAGUAAAUACCGGCAGAAUAAAUGGAGUAUGUGUUGGCCUUGAAAACAGACUAGGUCGUGAACUUCAUUGGUUAGCCUGUCGUCAUCCUGUAAUGGAGAUCAUCUUGUCAAAGGUUUUCACCAUCUGCUGUGGACCUUCAAACUCCCCAGAUAUCCCGCUUUUCAAACGAUUCAAAGGCUGUUGGAGUGUCAUCACCAGGCAGAAUUUUUCAGAAUUCCAGGUGACACCUGAAGCUUCCAGUUUAUCAGAUGCAACCAUUGUAGUCCUGACCAAAGAGCACCUAAAGGAACAAGUCAGAGAUGAUUACAUGGAGCUUAUUGAUUUGACUCUGAUUGUUUUGGGACAUCGACCGAGUACAAUCCACUGGAGGGCUCCAGGACCAGUACAUCGUGCUCGCUGGAUGGCAAAAUUAAUUUAUGCCAUGAAAAUAUAUCUCUUCCGCAACCAAACAGAUGUAUUCAAGCUUACAAAGAAAGAAGAAGCCCAAGUUGAGCGCUUUAAGUUUGGUGCACUAAUUUACACCAAGCAUUGGGUAACUGCUCCCCGUGCAACUGAAACUCCAUCCAGUGAUUUACAGCUGUGGACUGAUCUCAGCAGUUAACAGAUCAUCGAUCCUGACAUCAGUACAGAUGCAAGAAAGGUCCUAGAAAAUCAUCUCUGGUAUCUUUCAGACGAGCUUGUUGGAUUAGCCCUGUUCUCAGAUCAUGUGACAGCAGCUGCAAAGAUGGGAAUUGUGCAGGGAAUGACCCAUGAGGCUGGCGAACGAAAAGUGCGUGGAGAUUCAUCAAUUCUAAUGAAACAAGAUGUAUGUUUAGGUGACUUUGCAACUACCAGAACGGGGAACCUUCUUUGUUGUCAUAACAUUGACAGCGCCUUUCUUGAUUUGCCACCACAAGAGUGGCCUUCAAGUGAACAGUAUCGAUAUGGCCAGACACGAUUACUUGUUGUGAACAACACUGCAAAUCGAGCGGUGAAGCUUUUUGAAGAAUACAACACACUGCUUACUAACAAUGAAGUAGAAAAACAACUCUUAUUGCAAGUAGUGGAAGCAAACCGCAAGGCUGUUCCAACACAAAUCACCUAAAAGUCUGCUGUUCAGGCCUUAAUGUCAGAAUGACAAUAACAUUGACUGAUAAUGCACGCUUUUGUGACUUGAAUUUGAAUUGGUUAAAUUUUCAAGUUUUUUGAUGGAACAGCACAAUUUGACCUUUUAAUUGUGACAAAUGCAAAUAACCAUAUGUUUAAGCUUAGUGGUUAAUUUGCAAAAGAGUGUUGAACUGCUGAUAUUAUAAAGUUAUUGCUGGUUGUAAUUUUAAAACAUUCAACAUAUGCGUAUUGCUUCAUUUUGCUAGAAUUUCGUAAAAUUUUGAUAUUAUAUUGCUCUUGAGCACCGUCUUGUGGUUAGAAUUUAAAGCUAAAACUUUACCAAAACAUUACCAUUAGCAGAUGUAAAAACUUGGGAGGGUGUCUUGCUACAUAGCACACAUUUCAUUUUUGUCAUAUCUCAAUGAACCACCCUAGUGGGCACUUCCUUAUCGAAAUUGGGCUGAGCUACAUUACCAUAUAGCGGUUUACUCAAAUGAGCAUAACAAGUGGCAGACAUGUCCUAACUCAAUGAGAAUUGACACAAAUACACAUCGAUAGAUAAUACAGCAUAAGACUUUUUAUAAAAGACAUAAAAGUUGAACUUCUAUACGAAUUUUUAGUGAAAGAUGCCUUAUAUUUAAAGGGGAAUCUCAAAAUACAGGUUGAUUGAAAGAUCCAAACAAAUCAAUGUAAAUGUAGGCCAAGAUGACUACCAAAAUAUAAGGCCGGAAACGGAACUCAAAUAUAUGUCUAAAGUAGAGACCGACCGAAAGUGAUUUUCUGAUUUCGGCCGAAGCUGAAAAUAGGCCGAAAGAUUAAAAUGACUUUUGGCCGAAACCGAAAAAAUGCCGAAAGUUUAAAAAGGACUUUCGGCCGAAACCGAAAAAAGGCCGAAAGUUAAAAAUGAAUUUCGGCCGAAACCGAAGCCGAAACCAAAAAUGAAAUAUUAAGAUAUUUUGAAAUUCGUUCCCGCAUACAUUCUGCAUACAUCGAAAAUGAUGUGGGAAAGUAUAAAUAUUUACAUUCUUUUUAUAAAAAAUAAGAUAAUCGUGAAUAUUAAUAAAUAAACUUCUAAUAUAGAGGUCUCAAACUCGCGGCCCGCAAACUCAUUUGUGACCCGCAAGACGAUAUUUUGUGGCCCGCUACAUGACAGAAAAGUUUAGUGUUAAUUCGCCGGCCCGUUUCCCCCAUUCUCAUAUCUAUAACGUGACUCUCCGCUACGGUUUCAGUCGAAUCUCACCAACUAGUCUAAUUCUGAUUUUUUUUUUUUAAUGUUUCUAUAUAUUUUUGUAUACAACAGUGAGUAGGUGGAUGAAAGUGAAUCCUAGUUCUUGAGAACCCUUAAUGAUUUUAUUGUUAUUUAUAAAGGUUGAGCAGAUUGUAACAGUUGUAAUCGCUUUUUGUGGAUUUCUUGAUGCGGCCCAGGCUCAUUCAGACACUACCUCCUGCGGCCCCCCUGAUGAUUUGAGUUUGAGACCCUUGAUCUAAUGAAUACUUUGGAUUUUACCAUUUUAAUAUAAAAGUAAUUUAAAUUGCUUUACAAUUUUUUUUUAAAAUGAGAUAAUCGUGAAUAUUAAUAAAUAAACUUCUAAUAUAGAGGUCUCAAACUCGCGGCCCGCAAACUCAUUUGUGACCCGCAAGACGAUAUUUUGUGGCCCGCUACAUGACAGAAAAGUUUACGCCGGCCCGUUUCCCCCAUUCUCAUAUCUAUAACGUGACUCUCCGCGACGGUUUCAGUCGAAUCUUACGACUAGUCUAAUUCUGAUUUUUUUUUUUUUAAUGUUUCUAUAUAUUUUUGUAUGCAACAGUGAGUAGGUUGAUGAAAGUGAAUCCUAGUUCUUGAGAACCCUUAAUGAUUUUAUUGUUAUUUAUAAAGGUUGAGCAGAUUGUAACAGUUGUAAUCGCUUUUUGUGGAUUUCUUGAUGCGGCCCAGGCUCAUUCAGACACUACCUCCUGCGGCCCCCCCUGAUAAUUUGAGUUUGAGACCCUUGAUCUAAUGAAUACUUUGGAUUUUACCAAUUUAAUAUAAAAGUAAUUUAAAUUGCUUUACAAUUUUUUUAGAUUAGUAUGGUAAGAGAAAAUUUGGCCAAAAAAAUGGGGGGGGGGGGCAAAUUAAUGAAAAAUACUAUUUUUUUUAAAACCGGGUCUCUAAAAAUUGUUGUUCUGAUAUGGUUCUAAAAGAUCGCUUAAUUGGUUCUGAAAGGUCGCUUUAUUUGUUUUUAAAGAUGGUUUAGUUUUUUGUUAAAGAUCGUUAGUUGCUUGCUAUUGAUCGGUUAGUUUGUUCUUAAAGAUCGUGAGUUUGUUCUUAAAGAUCACUUAGUUUUUUGUUAAAGUUCGUCCAGUUUUUGUUAAUGAUCGCUUUAUUUUUUCUUAAAAAUUGGUUAGUUUGUUCAUAAAGAUCGCCUGGUUUGUUGUUAAAGAUCCUUUAGUUUUUUCUUAAAGAUCGCUUAGUUUGUUGUUAAAGAUCGUCCAGUUUUUGUUAAUGAUCGCUUUAUUUGUUUUUAAAGAUCGUUUAGUUUGUUCAUAAAAAUUGCUUAGUUUGUUGUUAAAGAUCGAUUAGUUUGUUGUUAAAGAUCGCUUAGUUUGUUCAUAAAGAUCCCAUAGUUAAGAUCUUUUAAUUUGUUCCUAAAGAGCAUUUAGUUUUCUGUUAAAGAUCGCUUAGUUUAUUCUUAUAAAUCAUUUAGUUUACUAUUAAAGAUCAUUUGUUUUUUUCUUAAAGAUAACUUAGUUCGGUCUUAAAAAUCGUUUAUUUUGUUCUUUAAGAUCGUUUAGUUUGUUAUUAAAGAUCACUUAGAUUGUUCUUAAAGAUCGCUUAGUUUGUUUUAAAGAUCGUUUAGUUUGUUAUUAAAGAUCACUUAGAUUGUUCUUAAAGAUCGCUUAGUUUGUUUUAAAGAUCGUUUAGUUUGUUCUUAAAUGUCGCUUAGUUUGCCUCAUUUUCUGUCUCAGGUUGAUCCUGUAGUAUAGGCCAAACGUGCCAAAGUGUCCUCGUUUUAUAGCCAUUUUAAUUGUUUCUAUGGUAAAAUAGUUACUAUCCUAGUGUCUCAUUUUUAUUUUACUUAGUUUACAUGAUUUUAAUAAUUGUAAUAGGUCUGCAAGCUUAGAGCUUUAAGGUAAGCGCUAUAUAAAAAUGCCUAAAUAAAUAAAUAAAUAAAUAUCGCUUUCACUGAGUAUUAGAUGACCAAAAACCUGAGUCACUUUCGGCCGGAUGGCCGAAAGUCUAAGUCAAUUUCGGCCGAAACCGAAGAAAAACCGAAAGUUAACUUUUCUCUUUCGGCCGAAACCGAAAUUAAGCCGAAAGUUAACUUUUCAGUUUCGGCCGAAACCGAAACUUGGCCGAAAGUGAUAAAAUGGCCACUUUCGGCGCCGAAACCGAAGCCGAAGCCGAAAUUCGGUCGGCCUCUAGUCUAAAGUACUCAUUUAAUAAUAAAUAGAUACACACAUCGGAAAAUUAAAAACUCUUGAUUUUUUGGCGCCGAUUCCCAUUUCCGUUAAACAAAAAGUAGUAGUCUCCCUUGUUUCAUCGAAGUACCUACAGUAACUCAAGUAAACUAAGUUACACUAACUGUAACAAGUAAUAGCAACACUAGAACUAGAGCACUAGGCUAGUAGUAGUGGCUAGGCUACCUAAACUAUUACCAAGUAGCCAACAUCCUUAUAUUAUAUAGGUAAUGUAUAUAUAUAUAUAUAUAUAUAUAUAUAUAAAUAUAUAAUAAAUAUAAUAUAUAUAUAUAGGUACUUCGAAAGUCUGCUGCGCACGCGGUCUGCGCAUAUGGAAAAAUGAAGCAAAAACUGUUGUGGCCAUCUUACAAUCGCUUCUACGGUAACCUUGGAUUUAUGCGUUUCACUUCACAGUUUCUAAUUAUAAAUUAAUUUUGUAAUCGAUAACGUAAAAUAUUUGUCUUACGGUGAAGCGCAAAAUAUUUUCCCAACGAGGGGAACCUCCAUGUUUUUCCUGUGUCAAUUUGACUAUUCGGUAAGCUAAAAAUACUUAAAAUUUUAUUUUUUAGCGAUUGCACCAUGUUGGAACCUAGAGAAUCUUUAGCAUCUAAAUUGGAUGAGGAAUAACUUUGAAAUAGUCCAUUUUCCAUUUUCCGGGUUAAUACUAACCCUUUCAGAUUAUCAUCACCCUCCCAUUUCUCCAUGUUUUGUAUCUUCACCGGAAACUAAAUUCGCUCUCGGUAUCAAUCAAAAGAGAGUUUUAAUAUUCCGUAAUCUUUAAAUAUCUGAAUAAAUCUAAGUAAAUUGUAAUUUUAGAAUACAGACAUAAAAAAUGUACAUAAAAUUUAAUAUAAGUUUGCUUCCACCUACUAUUUCUACACCUACAACUACAAUUUAACUAUAAUUCAUAGGUCUUAGUUUUAAGUACCAUACCGGUACUAAUCUAUAUUAAGCCCCAAAUAAUAAAUUAAUAAAAAUUUUCUAAGACUGCAACUGCACUUACAGUGCAGGCGUAAUUUAAAUUAUUAUUUUUAAAAUUAAUAAGGUAUUUAAUUUUAAUGAGGCCCAAUUUACUUAUUCCAAUUGUUAAUUUAUUGAUGUCGAAAUAUCAAAGUACCAAAAUUAAAAAGAAAUACACUUUAAAUAAGUUUUAAUAAUAAUAUUUAAUAAUAAAGACAAAACUUGAAAAUUAAUUAAUAAUAAUAAUAAUGUUAAAAAGAAAUAAGAAAAUGUGUAGAUUCAGGAUUAUGAUUUAAUUUGAUAAGAUUUUGUUUCUGGGCUUAUUUAAGAUAUAAUUAAUAAUAGAAAAUUUUAAUUAACUAUCAAAGAACUCUGAAUUUCUUCCAUCGGUCGACAAUGGGGCACAUUUGGAUGUAGAUAGCAAAGACAAAGUUUAUGAAGGAGAGAUUGUGGGAUUCAACAAGACCAAGGAGUUUAUAGAGCAGUUUAAGUAGAUCAUGACAGGCAUAACAUUACUAUUACCUUUUUGAAAUUUGAUCACAUACCAAUACUAGUAUGCUUGUAUUUUUGUAGUUUUUACUUAUAAUUUCAUGCAUUUAAUUUUAUUUUAAAAAAGACUUCUACUUACCUUUUUCUUUUAUAACUACCGUAUAAGAAUUGAUUUAAAAUUUAACAAAAAUUUUAAUUUUAUUUACUAAUGGUCUAUUACAUUUGCCUUGAUGUCCUCCCACAUACUAAAUCGCAGCUGUUAAUUUUAAUUUUUAUGAUGUUUUUACUGUUGAUUGUUUGUUGAAGAAGGCUUUUAAAUAUUUUCCCAUACUUUGUUUCACUUAUUUCCUUCAACCUAACUUGAUUGCAGUCUCUCUCCCUUAAUUUCAUUUUUGCCCUCACUGUGUUGUUGCAUUUAUUUGUGUAACAUGUAACAUUUCUUUAAACUUUCAGUUGAUUGUGGCAGCUCAAAUCCUAUGCCCAUGUGUGUCUCUGAGGACCAAACAGAUGAUGUGAGUGCAUUUAUUGAUAAGAAUUGAAGCAAUUUGAUAAUAUUUAAUAGAAAGGAAAUACCUGUAGCAUUAACUAGUAAAUAGAUCAUCCCUGUUUUCUUGUGUCACUGGACAGCUCUCACAAAAUCUUAUGUUCAAAAUGAUUAUAUUUUGUAGACUUUAGUUGCCUAUAUUUUGAAUGUAACUGUAACAAACAACAUAGAAAUAUCUUCAAAGCAGGUCAUGAAGAUCUGUUAUGAUUUCUUCGUUUGCAUCAAUUUUGAUAAACUUUCCUGUUUGUUAUAAAAAAUAAAUCAAGAUGAUAUUAUAAAUAAAAGGUUCUGAUGUGAAUAUUGUGUAUGACUUCUUAAUGUUUGAUGUGGCAAAAAUAAUUUGACUAGUAUUGAAUGUGUUAAAUGUUUAGUUUAUAUCAUUUUGAAAACUCCUUUUCUAGAACUCCAAUGAUCCUGUUGGACCAGAUGAAGGAGACAAUGCCAGUGAAAUCAGUGAUUUUUCUGACUUUAGUCAAGAGUCAUGGCAGCCAGUGCAAGGUGAAUUUAAAAGACACCUUGUUAUAUGCAUGUCAAUAUGAUUAGUAAAUAAUCGUUACUAUUGUUGAAUUUAACAAUUAAUAUUAACUGUUAAAGAUUUCCUAUUGUGUGUGUCAGUGUGUUUUCCAAUGCUUAAAAUAAAAUAAAUUUCUUAUUUUUUUCUCUAUAUUUGCACACCUCUGAAAUAUAUCUGUCCAUGUAUUAAACAGUUUCACACCAUGUUUUUAAAAACAUAUUUCUCUUCACAAUAAUUUAAAACAUGUUAUAUUCAGAAUUUUUACAUGUCAAAUAGAUCAGUGUUCAGUUGUUUUGUAUCAAAUAUUGUAAGUUGUUAUUCCUAUUAUUUAGGUCCUAUUGCUUGGGUCCAAGAACAAAUGAGGAGGGGUCAGAGUCCUCGUAAAAUAUUGGAAGAUCUUGUCCCGUCUGGUACAGUAAUUCCUGAUGGCCUCGACCCAAUUAUGCUGUGGAAGAUUAUCAUAAACAUAGUGUCUGAGCCUCCCAAGCGCAAAAAGCUUCAUGACAUUAAUACUUUAGAUGAUGUCCUGCGACUUCUCAAGACAUGUAAAAAAAUCAUGGUCCUUACUGGUGCUGGAGUAAGUGAUCAGAAUUCACUCUUGUCCUUAAUGAGUUAUUUUAAUAAAAUCACUUGUUUUACAUUUUUAAUGUUGCUGAGGUUUUUAUUGAAAAUUAAAUCUGCUGAUGCCAUUUUUAAUUAAUUUAAAAAAAAAUAUUCUAGCAUUAAUAUCUAAUUUCUGCAGGUGUCAGUAUCAUGUGGUAUACCAGACUUUCGAUCACGUGAUGGUGUUUAUGCAAGACUUGCUAAAGACUUUCCAAAUCUUCCAGAUCCACAAGCCAUGUUUGAUAUUCACUUUUUCCGCUCAGAUCCACGACCAUUUUUCAAGUUUGCUAAAGUAAAUUUUUAUGCAUAACUCUUUAUAUUUAAAUAAAGAAAAUUAAGUCAGUAAUGACUAGUCAAUAUUUUAGGAUUAAUUCGCUAUCAACAUCAGAGUUAACCGAUUGACUUUUUUUUGUAUAGGAAAUUUAUCCUGGUCAGUUCCAGCCCUCGCCAUGUCAUCAUUUCAUUCGAUUAAUAGAAGGUAAAGGGAAACUUCUCAGAAAUUACACACAAAAUAUUGACACCUUAGAACAAGUGGCGGGUAUACAGAAGGUGGUUCAGUGUCAUGGUAAGGACGAUAGUUUUGUGAAUUUUCAGUCAUUUUAAAAGAUAAAUUAUUUGUUAUUUUUAAGGGCCUAAUUUGUGAUGGGACUAUUGUGUAGUUGUUAAUUAAUUUUUUUUUAAAUGCAAUAAAAAGAAAUUUUUUUUUUUUUUAUUUUUUUUUACAAUGUUGUAAUCUUUUUGGGUCUCAACUGGAAUUCAUAAUUUCAGGUUCAUUUGCUACAGCAACCUGUGCAGUUUGUAGCCACAAAGUGGAUUCAGAUGCUAUCAAAGAAGACAUAUUUAAUCAGGUUUGACAUUGUCACAACCACUAUACAAUGACCCUACUUUCCUCUUCCUUAGUGUUGAUUCAUUCAACUGUAAAAAGUUGAAUGGUUGUAAACUGUCCUUGAUAAAUUGUUCCAUUUUUUUUUUUGAUAUUAGGCAGAUCUGUGAUGAUGUUUUGAAUAUAUUGUAAGAAAAAAUAUUUAUUUCUCUAGGUCAUACCUCACUGUCCACGGUGUCCAUCUUCCAAUCAAAAUGCUGUGAUGAAACCUGACAUUGUAUUUUUUGGAGAAAGUUUGCCAGAACAUUUUCACAAUCAGAUGGCUGCUGAUAAAGAUGAAUGUGACCUUCUUAUUGUGAUUGGUUCUUCACUGAAAGUUAGGCCUGUAGCUCUCAUACCAAGUAAGUUGCUUGAUUUAGAGACACAUGUAUUGUAAGCUAAUCACAGGUGAACAAUAGAAGUACUCUCAUUCUAUUGUUUUAUAUCUUAUUUGAUGUUUGUUACAGUUUGAUGCAAAUUAUAUUUUGUUUGCCUUUUCUUUCACCAGACUCUUUGCCUGCUAACGUUCCACAAAUUUUGAUCAACCGAGAACGCCUCCAUCACUUUAACUUUGAUGUGGAACUACUGGGUAACUGUGAUGGAAUUAUAGGUGAGCUUUGUCGACGACUGGGUCCUGGUUGGGAGCAUCUGGCCACUCCUGGAGCCCAGUUAGAAGAAAUUUUAAUGACUGACCUACCAACACCUCCCGUGAGUCCAGAAUCUGUUGAAGCCAUGUCUCCCACCUACCCAUCUGAUGAUUCUAGCAAUGAUGCCAUUUCUCAGAAUCGGGAAAAUGCUGUUGAUAAAGCCGAUUUGGAUAAAUUGGCACCAGUAGUUGGGAGUGAGGCCGGUCCGGCCAUCGAUACAUCUGAAUAUGUUGUAAGUUCAGCUUGUAUACCUGAGAAAGAUCUACCCCAAAUAAUUGAGCCAUCAGAGUGUUCAGCUACACUAGCUGUUGCUCCAGAAGUUCGAGAAGAUGAUGUGGGUGUUUAUGAAGUUUCAACAUCGCAAUCAGAAUCUGCCUGUGCAAAGUCACAUAGAAGUCACCAUCACAAACACACUGGCAAAUGGCCAUUUGCCUCCAUCAACUCCAAAACGUACACUGAAUGCAUACCACCCUCCAAUGCUGCUGAUCAGUCAUGUUCAGCUUGCAUAGAUCAACCAAGUGCUUCCUGCUCCUCUCAAGAAAUAGAAACUUUGGUUAGUGCUUGUCACAAGAGAGAUGUCAUGUACAUACCCAACAAGAAAACUCACAUACAUCAUGGACAAUCUCACUCGCAUCACAAUCAUCACUUCCAUGACAUAUCCAAAUCUCAUCAGCUAGCUCAACCCUUUGAAGAGCCAUCCAGUCAUCAAGAACAUCCAACCUUUGUUGAGCCGCAAACAUCUCUCCAUCUUAACGGCGACAUCCCACAAGAUCAGUCAGACUCGACCUCUUUAAAAAAAUCAGAAAAAAGGCCUUUUAUUAACACCGGGGCAGGGGAAGCAGAUACUAAAGAUGAUGAAGCUUCAUCAGAAGCUAAGCGUCCAAAGCUCAGUGCCAACAGCUGCGAUGGAGAUGGUCCUGAAACUGAUAAGAAAGAAACUCCUGACUCGCUGUCACACGACAGUUCCCUGGAUGACAUGCGUAAGAUGUGGUGCAGCAAACACAGGCUGAGUUUAGCUCAUAGAAUGGGAGGUAUGUAGUGAUUCAUUUCUUAUAAACAUCAAAUGCAUUUAACAGUUUGGUAAUGCUUAUAUUUACUUUGAUAUAUAUUUUUUUGUUUUAAUUUGUGCAGGCUGCUUGAUCUAUUGAUUUUAAAUACAGCUAUUUGGGAUAACUUGGCAUAUUUAAAUUUUGGAACGCAAUUACUUUUGAAUGCUUUAUUUGAUUUUAACGUUUUAUGCCUACCAUUUCUUUCUAUAUUUUUAGACAACCAAGUGCUCUUUUUGCCCCCAAGUCGUUAUGUCUUUAAAGGGGCUGAGGUCUAUACAGAUUCUGAUAGUGAGGAUUCCAGUGAUGAUGAUGAUGAUGGUAUUACUGAGAGCAUGACAUCCAGUGAAGUAGUAGCAGAGGAAUUUGAGAGAAGUUCAUCUAUUGACUCCCGCUCAGACUCUGCAGAGAAAUACUUAGCCAAAGAAUCUCAUCUAGAAGGGUUGGUUGAUUCAACAGCAAUGAAAUCAAUGGAUGUUGUAGGGGAGAUUCCCAGUUCUACUGCAUUGAAAUUGUUAGAUUUGGCAAGCGUUGCUGCAGAUUCUUCCGCAUUAAAAAUGUUAGGAGCAGAAAAUGUUGGUUGUGAUAGCAAUGAGCAAGACUCUGGCCUGCCAUCUCUGCCACUGAUGGACAUCGAGGUCAGUGACCUACUUCCCAGCAGUAUCCCCCAGAACAAUGAGUGCUUCACUUUGCCAAACAUUCCCCAUGAGGUUGUGGCUGAAGCCUUGGGCACCUGUCCUGUAUCUUCAAGUGAUGAAGUGCUGCAGUAAUGAUACAGUUUCUCAUUUCAUUGUAUCCCAAUAUAGCAAAGUAUGACAAUACCAUACUGAAGGACCUUAAUUUUUUUAAAAACUACAGUGAAUUAAUUUUUGUAUUAUUUGUGCAAUGACUGUCUUACUUUUGCUCCAAAAGAGGUCCCAGCUAAUGUUUAAUUUUGUAUGCCAGUAUUUCGAAGUUAAAAGAUUGUAUACAGUUUUUUUAUAGAUCAGAGCAGUAAUUUAUUUUAGGCUGUUCGUAUUUGGCAGUGUAAAUUAUGUGCAUAAUUGAAGUAAAAUAGAUGUAAAACAGAGGGGGAAAAUGUAAAUUUGGUCAAAAUUUGUGUAUCCUCUCCAUUCAAACACCAACACUAAUGUGAAGGUUAAAAAAAUUGAAGUUCUCCUAUUCGCUAUUAAAUAUUAGGCACCUUAACGAGUACGAUAUUCAAGACAUGGUAGGGAAUGUCAAGGAUGACAUUUCUAUGCAUUACGGGUCGCAUGGCAUGCACAGUGAGAACUCCGCACUGGAUUAUAAAUGAUCUUAUCAUCACAUUAUGUUGAUGGUAGAGCAAGUUACUUACUCUAAUGAUAUAACUUUUAAUGAGCAAUAUAAAUUGCAUUGGUUCUCGUGGCUGUGACAAUAUUCUAAAGCAGCAUUAUCUCCCAAGGUGGAUCAAUUAUGUCCAGUGUAUAUAGAAUUAAUGGGGAGGAGGAAGGGUGAUUUGUUUUAAUUGUUUUAUUUAUGUGACCUAGCUACUUCUUGUGUCAAACUGGGCUGGUUAUGGGGACGGUUCACUAGUUAAGAUUUAACAAAGCGUUUUACACAAUAUUGUAAAAGUACAAGAAGUUAUUUUUGCAUUAAAUCGACUAACAAAGUAAGAGAGAUGGCCACCGGGAUGGGAAACAAAUUUUAAAAAAUGACUGACAGUGUCUGUAGAAGUAGAGAGGGUCUCAAGCUCCUCUAAAUUAUAGACAUUUUUAUUUUUUAAUAACUCCUCUGCUCUCUGUUGAGUUAGAGUUUAUGAUAAUAUUGUACAAUACAUUGAAUGAUUGAUUUCAUGUACAUACAUCUUAUUUAUAUAUGACAUGACUCAAGUGUACAUGGAAGUGUGUCAGUGAAAUACUAAGGCCAGUAAAAAAAGAAUUAGAAAGAGUGAAACAAUUUAAUCUUCCAGAUGUCAGGCUAUUUACAAAUAGAAUCCCCCAGCUGCCAUAAGUGUGAAAAUAAGAAAAACUUACACUAUAUUUGCUUGUAUAUGGUUUAAGAAUUUACUGGCAAAAAAUUAAGGCACUCUCAUGUGGAACUUUAAGCCCACGAAUUGAUUUAAUCUGUAAGCUUAAAAACUGUAACUUUUUGGAUUGUCUGAGACAUCUACAGUCAGUUCCUGUACCGCCAUGAAGUUACCCAGCUGUUGUAGCAAGACUUCCAAGAAUGACUAAGUGUAUAUUUCAGCAGGCUCAGUUCUUGGUCCUCUUGUCUUGUUUAAUCCAACAUCUCAAGUUCCUGUACCACCAUCAGGGUGGUGACCAUACUUCAAAUGAGUGUUUAGUUCAGCAAGUUCUUGUGUCAUCUUUCUAGAUAUCACAAGUGUUAUAAAUUUAUUUUAAAAAAAGAACUGCCCAGGAAAUAUAAGUGUAAUUCCAGUCCACAAUAUGGAGAAAUAAGAUGUACACUACACCUUUUCAAUACAAUUAGGGACAUGAUUUUGUCAUCUUUAUUUUGGCUGUUUAAAUAUUUACAAAAUCCAUAACAAGGUGCUAAUAUUUGCAUUUAUUGUCUACAAUGUACUUAACUUCAAUUUUCUACUUUGAAAUGUAUCAGUCUAUAAUUUAUUAACUUACAGAAUUCAGUAUCAAUGUGAUUUGAUGAAUGACUGGGUAAUAUGUCCAUGUAUAUAUAACAGUUGUGGCCUUCAUGUUGUAACACUGAAUGCUUUCUUUCCUCUCAACACGACCAAUCAUUAAUCAUUUAUUUUUUUAUCUGGUGAUAUGAUCUUUUUUUAAUUUCCUUUAUGGCUACUAAAAUUUUCAUCAUUGCCUUAACUCAUUUUAGAAAACCUAUCCAAAAAAUUGUCAGUAGUCUUAUUAUAAAUCUAAUUGUUAAAUAAUGAAAACUUAGAUUUACAUGUGUCAUCUAUGUAUGUCUUAUGAUUUGUUUCCUUUGAAAAGAACAGAUAACAUCUAAUGCAUUGCUCUCAUGUAAACAUGUACAAACAUAUUGUAAGUUAAGAAAUAAAAUAAUGUCCUCAAUAAAUUGGCUGUGUCUUCUCUACCAGCAAUUACACAUGAUUAGAACACAGCAGCUCCUUCAUCAUGUGGAAUAGUUGCAAUUAUGUUGGCUUGCAACAAUAUCAAAUCUUAA